GGGAGGGAGGAGAGCGAGUGCGCAAAGGCACAGCAGCACCAGCGGUGGCAGCAGCGUCAAUGCAUCUGUGAGUCUUCGAAUCGGUUGUCUUGAGCUGCCAGUCCUCUGUACGUUUCAGAUUGAGAUUUCACAGCGCAAGGUCUUGAGGAGCCUCGCCAUCAACCGACACACUUUCGGAGCUCAGCGUUUUUUAUUAGCUCUGCUCUAAGAGACUAUUAUCACGACCCUAUUCUAUUUAUGCCGGUUUCUUGAAUAUUUAAUGGAAAAUGGCGAUCUGCGCUCAGUCCUACGGUAUAUUCUGUCUGUUCUCAAUCCAAACUAUCCUCAUCAUUAGCUUAUCUUCGCCGGCAACGGGGAGCCUCCGCUUCCCCCAACACUACACAAUGAUGCAUUGGGCAGGCCGCAUUGAGAAGGAGCUGGAGAAGACUAUACAGUUGGUCACUGGAACCCAGCAGAUAAGAGGGAUUUACAAUGAGAAGAAGAGUCAGUUUGACAUCAAGAGGAACAAUCCCAAGGACCUGGUGGAGAGGGUGGCACGAGACAUUGCCAAGCUGCUCACUAGCAAGAGGAGAGCCCUGGAGAGGCUGGCCAGGGAGGCGGAGCAGCUGCAGACAGAUUUUCCCUGGCUGGACAGUAUCAAGGAGAGCGACAUGGAGUACUAUGAUUCGAAAGCGGAAUCAGACUAUACGGAGGACGGAGAUGGGGAAGAGAACCUGAUGGAGAACCCCUACUCCAUGAAGCUGGAGUUUGUGGACGAUCCCAACUUUAAAAACAAGGUCAACUACUCCUACAGCGCCGUCCAGAUCCCCACAGACAUUUAUAAGGGCUCACCAGUCAUCCUGAAUGAGCUGAACUGGACCCAGGCUCUGGAGAGGGUUUUCAUUGAUAACCGCCGGGAGGACAGCUCUCUGCGCUGGCAGGUGUUCGGCAGCGCCACGGGGGUCACAAGAUAUUACCCAGCCACUCCAUGGAGAGCACCCAAUAAGAUUGACCUGUAUGACGUCCGCAGGCGGCCAUGGUACAUCCAAGGGGCAUCAUCUCCCAAGGACAUGAUCAUCAUCGUGGACGUGAGUGGCAGUGUCAGUGGACUCACUCUGAAACUGAUGAAGACGUCGGUCAUGGAGAUGCUAGACACUCUGUCAGAUGACGACUAUGUGAAUGUAGCCAGGUUUAACGAGAAGGCAGAUGCUGUCGUCCCCUGUUUUAAGACCUUGGUCCAGGCCAACAUGAGAAACAAGAAGAUCUUCAAGGAGUCUAUCAUGCACAUGCAAGCCAAAGGAACCACUGACUACAAGUCUGGCUUCCAGUUCGCCUUCGAACAGCUACUCAAUGAUACCGGCGCCCCAAGGGCGGGCUGCAAUAAGAUGAUAAUGAUGUUUACAGAUGGAGGAGAGGAUCGUGCACAGGACAUCUUUGAGAAGUACAACUGGCCCAACAAAACAAUUCGAGUAUUUACAUUUUCAGUUGGACAGCACAACUAUGAUGUCACCCCCUUGCAGUGGAUAGCUUGUGCCAACAAAGGAUUCUACUAUGAGAUUCCAUCCAUUGGAGCCAUCAGAAUUAACACACAGGAGUACCUGGAUGUGCUGGGUCGGCCCAUGGUGCUGGCUGGGCCCAAGGCCAAGCAGGUCCAAUGGACCAAUGUCUACCAGGAUGCUCUGGGUCUGGGUCUGGUCAUAACUGGGACCAUGCCAGUCUUCAACCUCACCGCUGAUGCAAAUUCUCAGACGCAGCUUGUCCUUGGUGUCAUGGGGGUGGAUGUUGCAAUCAACGAAAUUAAGAGGAAGACACCAACAUACAGGCUUGGAGCCAAUGGAUACACCUUUGCGAUCGACCAAAAUGGCUAUUUGCUCCUGCACCCCAACCUGCAACCUAAGGUAGGAUCAAGACUGUCCUCUAUGCAUCCCAUCCUGCAACCUAAGAUCAUUAACUUCAGAGAACCUGUCACCCUGGACUUCCUGGAUGCUGAGCUAGAGGACAGUAAAAAGGAGGAGAUCCGUCGAGAAAUGAUUGAUGGCAAAUCAGGGCAAAAGAAAAUCAAGACUCUAAUUAAGUCAGUUGAUGAGAGGUACAUUGAUGAGGCCAUGCGGACAUAUACCUGGACACCAGUGGAGGGCACAGAUUACAGUCUAGGGCUGGUACUGCCCACAUACAGUGAGAACCACAUCAAGGCUAACCUGAGUGACCAGAUCCUGCAGGUGCAGUAUUUUGAAUCUCUGCUGCCAAACAGUUUUGAGUCUGAAGGACAUGUAUUCAUAGCUCCCAGGGAAUACUGCAACGAGCUAGAGCUCUCCAACAACAACACUGAGUUCCUGCUCAACUUCAUCGCUCUCAUGGAGAAGGUGACACCUGACUCCAAACAAUGUGACAACCUGCUCCUUCAUAACCUCAUCCUCGACACUGGCAUCAUCAGACAGCUGGUGGAGAAGGUGUGGAAGACCAAAGACCUCACCACCUAUGGCUUUCUGGCAGUGUUUGCUGCAACAGACGGAGGGAUUACAAGAGUGUUUCCCAACAAGGCUGCUGAGACCUGGGAAGAGGACCCUGAGCCUUUUAAUGCCAGCUAUUACCGCCGCAGUCUGGACAACAAGGGCUACAUCUUCAGAGCGCCUUAUCGCACCGUGAAUGAUGAGCUGCUGAACCCAGAGAACGGUACCAUAGGAAUCCUGGUCAGCACUGCAGUGGAGAUCACAGUGGGAGGGAAAACCAUCAAACCUGCAGUGGUUGGCGUAAAGCUGGACCUUGAGGCCUGGGUGGACAAAUUCAAGAUCCUAGCUAGCAACCAAACAAGUCCAACAAGUGACAACCGCCAAGUCCAACAAACGUGUGGACCAACCAGUGGCUGUGAGAUGGACUGUGAAGCCAACAGCGAAGACCUUCUUUGUUACCUGGUGGAUGACGGUGGUUUCCUGAUCAUGUCCAAUCAGAAGGAUCACUGGAACAAGAUUGGCAUGUUCUUCAGUGAGGUGGACCCCUACCUGAUGCAUGCUCUCUACAACAACUCCUUUUACAACCGGAAGCAGUCCUUUGACUACCAGUCUGUGUGUGACCCCGUGCCAAGCAGCAACACCGGGGCUGCACCAAGAGGAGUCUUUGUGCCCACCAUUGCAGACUUUGUGAACCUGGCCUGGUGGUCAUCAGCAGCUGCCUGGUCCCUAUUUCAGCAGCUGCUCUAUGGAAUGGCCUACCACAGUUGGUUUGUCACAGAUGAGGUGGAGGCAGAGGGGAUGGACUCCAGAGAGACCAGCUGUGUGACGAUACAGACUCAGUUCUACUUCACUAACAUCAACAGCUCCUAUGACAUCCUGCAAGACUGUGGCAACUGUUCCAGGCUGAUCCAUGCCAAGAGGUUAAACAACACCAACCUGCUGUUUGUGGUGGCAGAGAAGAUGCCCUGCAACACCUGUGAGGUGGAGAAACUGUCCCAGGCGGAGACAGAGUUCAAGGAGGAUAACCCAUCAUGUGAGGACAUGAGUGCAGCGAGGUAUCGAAAAGGGCCCGCUGUGUGCUACGACUACAAUCUUUCUGAGAACACAUCAGACUGUGGGCGGGGCCACUCCUUCCACCCCUCACUCCAGACCCUGCUCAUGAUUCAGCUCUUCCUCCUCUAUCCAAUCGCCAGCCCUCAUAUUCUGCCCCUUUUACUUUAAUUUUCCUCCAGUCUUGCUCUCCCCAGCUCUUUGUCCAUCCUAAAGCUCCCACCCUCUCCCCUCUAUGCUCCGCCCCUGCUCUAGUCAUAGGUUAUAAUGGGACUUCCUGUCACUGCAACUUGGAAGCCUUGAGUACCGCGCUACUGUACCCAGCUAGCUUCAAUUGUUGUUGCUUAGUGACAGUUGCAGGACCUUUAUGUUCUCAGCGAGUUGCGUACCUUCAUCCAUGGGAAGAGAUUCAAAAGGUUGGUGUUCCAACCACCACAAUUAUCAGAGGCUAUGUCAGAAAAGAAAAAAGACCCCAUCCCCACCCGCAUCAACAGGACGAGUGACAAGUGAAAAGACGAGUUAGAUGCCAUGUCACAGAGCUCCAACCGUCAUGGACACAGCAGAGGAAGAGACAUGGCCUCCAUCUCGCUCACUCAUCUCUGACCUGAUCAGUUUCAUCGCUCUGUCAUGUGUCUCUCAUAGGGGGCUACUGUACGGAUCAUUCAGAAAAUUAAGGAAAAAAAGAACUUUCAAGUAUACAAAAACAUACAAUUAUAAACUGUUGAAGUGUUGAGUAUUCAAAGCACAUGUUAGGGUAUCAUUUGCAAUGAAAGUUGUUACAUUAAUUUAUUUAUGCACUAUAUCUACUUCUUGCCAAAAUGAGAGACUUUGAUGUGGUCUUGUUUUUAUAACCAAGUGAGAGGAAAAAGAGAAACCCAGAAAGGAAAACUAGAGAAAUAGUGUUAGGAAUAUCUGAGUUGGCUGAAUUCCAAUUCUUCUUGUACACCUCUACUGUUCUCCACUUGAAGUUAGAACUGUUUCUGCCCCUGGAAGCACAGUAUUAUAUUUAUAAUCAUGGUAACAUGGAACUAUUCUACGAAAUAGUAGUCACGUUGUAUAAAAUGGAGACAGGCCCAGGAAUACAUAAUAGGGGGUUUUAAUACUCCACCCAAAAUAUACAACAUGCCGUGAAAGACACAGCGACGAAGCCCAAAACAAACAUGUAUACAAAAACACAGGGAUGUAACCCAAACAAAAGAGCGAGGUUAAACCUCUAAUAAAUACACAGGACGAGACCCGCAAUACAAUACACAGGACAAAACCCAUAAUAACAAGUGCACAACAAUACACGGGACGAGACCCGCAAUACAAUAAAUACACAGGACGAAACCCGUAAUAACAAGUGCACAACAAUACACGGGACGGACCCGCAAUACAAUACAUAGGAUGAAACCCGUAAUAACAAGUGCACAACAAUACACAGGACGAGACCCGCAAUACAAUACACAGGACAAAACCCAUAAUAACAAGUGCACAACAAUACACGGGACGAGACCCGCAAUACAAUACACAGGACGAAACCCGUAAUAACAAGUGCACAACAAUACACGGGACGAGACCCGCAAUACAAUACACAGGACGAAACCCGUAAUAACAAGUGCACAACAAUACACGGGACGGACCCGCAAUACAAUACAUAGGAUGAAACCCGUAAUAACAAGUGCACAACAAUACACGGGACCCGAAAAUAACGAGUACACAAUACACGCAGAAAGCCGAAACAACAAAGUACAGGUACUCACAAGACCAACAGACAUGGGAACAAUAACCGACAAGACAUUGGUGAACAGAGGGCACAUAUAUACAAUUACUAAUCAGGAGAAUGGGUAUCAGGUGUGCAUAAUGAGACCGUUCAGUGGCACCUAGAAGCCGGUGACGUAGACCUCCGGAACUGGUGUACGGAAUGAGCAGCAGUACCGGGGGAAUCCGUGACACAUUUGAUUAUCAUGGUUGACUGAUGUUAGUUAAUGAAUUGGUAAUUAUGUUUCCAAACCGGACAAAGCAAAUUAUAACUUUUCCCUUGCAAAAAUAAUUCAAAUACUAGGCUACACCAAUGUAUUAUGAAUCAGUAUUAAGCCUCUGAAAAGUCUGAGCGUUUGGGCUUCAUUGCUGUAUGUGGUGUGUACUUUCCCACUCUCCACAGACUAAUUGAAUCGUUGUUUCCACGUCAUUUCAACAAAAUGAUAUUGAACCAACGUGGCAUAGACGUUGAAUUGACAAUUGUGCUCCGUGGGAUCCUUUCUGAUCAGUGGACAUUCUGACUGACCUCUACUCCUAACCCAGUGAAAGCUAACCCCUCUGCCAAUCCUCAUACAGCCGCUCCACCAUGGCCACUAAUGUUCCCAGGACUAUAUUUGUAUGUGUUUAAUAUCUGUUGUCACCACAGCAGAGCAGAUAUACUAAUAUCUAUUCAGACUGGCCCAUAAGUUUCUCGUUUUAGUUGCAGGUAGGUUUUGGCAGAACUUAGCUUGUAUUACCUUUGACAGACGCUGUGUAACUUCAGACCAUUUGCUGCUGGGGGAUUGGGGUUGAACAUUUCCCACAUAAAGGAAUGCAGCCGAGGCCACUACAACUUACUGUAUGGUGACAACUGAGCUGCAGUCUGGGUUUUCUGUUACAUGUCAUUCUGAUCAAUUUGAAGUGAAAUGUCAUUAGUCUCCAUGUUUUGUUGUCAUAGUGCCUUGAUGCACUUUGUUUUGGAAAGCAUUGUCUCUUGAGCUACUGUACAGUACCUUUAUAGAAGAGGCACCCUAAUGGCUGUGGAGCUACAGGAUCUUUAUAGAGCAAGUCUGUUGGCUAUAUAUCUAUGGUAGCUUUAUAGAGACACCAUAUUGACUAGACGUUAUUGUAGCUCAAUGUUGACUUUCGAUUGGCUGUGGCUCCUGGCUGCUGUACCAUUCCAGGGCUACCUGAUUGCUACCAGAUAGAGUCGCUGUACAGUACCUUUACAGAGCCAUCUAUAGAGCUAAACUAUCAGUAUAAAUCAACUUAACUGGUCAUAGAUCUACCUUUAUAGGGUCACCUGACCGCUAUCAUUGCGUUUCUGUCUGAACCGUAUGUGCGUUUGUGUUUGUGUAUGGGUGUAUGUUCGUUUUAACCCUCAGAGGGAAUGUCUUUAAAACUGGGUUGAGAGGAUGGGGAAUGACAGUUGUGGUAGCGUAGCUGUUUGUUGUUCCAAUUCCAAUGGAAGAAGUGUUAUAUCAGAUGUUGUUAUGGGGGGAAAAAAAUAUUUUACAAAAAAAAAAAAAAUCCAAUCCAUUUUUUCUCACCGGUUUGCUCAAUAUAUUGUCAUGAGGGAGCUGCAUACUGUAUGUGACCCCUGUAUUCACAGAGGUGUUCAAAAAUAAUGUUUAAUAUGUCCGUGUGUUUCUGUUUCAAAGGAUACAUAGUGACUAAGCCUCUCUAAAUGCCUUAGUGUUUCAGUGUUCUCCCUCCUACACACACUUGCGCGCAUGCGCGCGUACACACACACACACACCGUGAGCCUCCCAAAUAUUCACUUUCUCCAACGACUUUCCCAAUCCAGAAUGUUGCACUCUGGAUUUAAAGAGGUUUAGGUUUUGAUGUGCACGUCCGUCAAUAUAAAAUGGUGUGAGUUUCUUGUACACAUUGCUGCUUGGAGUGGAGGACUUUCAUAGUUUACAUUGACUCUGAAUCUGUAUUGACUCUGAAGUCCCUCCACCCCACCUCACUGUUAACGUAACAUCUGAAACCCCAAAACCUCCUUCACUGUAACCAUAAAAACACACAAUGUACAGUGAACAAUAUCAUUUUUGGCAAGACGAAAUGUUUCGUAAAAGCAUAAUUAGAUUUUUAUUUUAAAUAGGCAAGUCAGUUAAGAACAAAUUCUUAUUUAGAAUGAGAGCCUACCCCAGCCAAACCCUGACGAUGCUGGGCCAAUUGUGAUACAGCCCAGGAUCGAACCCAGGUCUGUAGUGACACCUCUAGCACUGGAAUGCAGUGCCUUAGACCGCUGCCCCACCCAGGAUCCCUAUCUCAGUGAAAGACUGGACCAAAUAGAAACUCAGAAUCUGACGUUUGCAAUUGUCUCCUUUCAAUGUUAGGGUCCACCAUUUUUGAAAUUCCUCGUAUAGAUAGUCCUGUUGCAUUUUAUUGUUUUAUUAUAUCACAGCAUUUGUUUGUCCCUCUGUUGUCCCUCCGUCAAUGAAGGUUACAUUCGCUGUGGAAAUGUACCCCCUGUGACUUUCUCUGGCUCAGCAGCAGACACAAGCACUAACAAAUUUACACAUUCAGACAUGCAGUUACACACUUAUGCACCCACAUGCACAAAGCACACACAUGUAACACUAACAGUUAUACCUACACAUGCACAGCUGGGGGAUGUUCAGCUCUAGCCUGAAGUAAGCCAGGGAUGUCUAUUCCCUGUGUGGGAUGUCAGAGGCUGGCUCAGGGUGUGAGUCUCCAUAGAACAGCAUGGGACCGUGUCAAACAAAAGGUAAAAGAAUCAUGAUUUGUAUGUCUGUGUGUCUGUGUGCUGAGGGACACAGGUCGGUUUUCUGUGGUUUGAAAAAUUUACUUUUUGCUCUAAAAAAAAAGAAGGGGAAAAAGGGCAAGUUUGGGGUGAGAGGACCGGGUCUGGUUUACAGCCAGCCCUAAAGGGAGGGUCUCCACGUGGCCCUGCCCCUGCCUACCCUUGCGGUGUCUGUGCGUCUCUGUGGGAAAGACACGUGUGUAUGUGAUUCUGUAGUCUGUAGUCUGGUGCUAUGUGACCAUGUUUGACAAAUGUGUUUAAAAAAAAACAGUAACAAAAAAUUAAUAAAUUCAGUCAAAUUCUAAGUGAAGUAAAAAAAAAAAUGGAAUAAAGUAAAGAUAAGUUUGAGAUCUAAACUGUUUUUAUUUUUAUUUAUUUUCUGUGGGUGUCUGAGUGUGUAUGUGUGUGCGCGGAAGAUUUAGCUCCCUCUCGCUGGGCAUUGGUCCAUGUCGCUCCAUUCUUUUGUACUGAUAAAGCAAAAAAAAAAAAAGAGAAGAGGGUAAAAUUUGUAAAAUAUUGUGUCUGUGACUCCUUGUAAAAUAUUUUCAAAUUGUUUAUUACAGAGAAUCAGUUAUUAAAUAAUGUUCAUAUUUUUCACUUCA